AUGGCAUCCUCGACACCGACCAUGCCCAGCCCCAUACCGCACACGGCCACAUCGCAUCCUGAAGAUCCGAUUCCUGCUGAGCCCAAAGCAAUUCCUCAGCUGUCAUUGCGACCGUCGCCUUCACAGCCCGAACAGACUUCACCCAAGUCCUCGGGCGAAUCCACAGUAUGGACCAAUAGCAGCGAUGACUCAGAGGCUCCCAUGACCCCGAUGACUGAACCGGAGCAGGGCAUGGACGAAGUAGUUGACAAGCUGGAGGAUCUCCCCACUGCCGCCGUCAAUUUUACAGGCCAAUCGCGACCUCGUCGGGCAUCCACGACGCUAAUCUCAGACAACCCCAACGACAUUAGACGGAUACUAGGCGAGGGAGAGACUGCAACCAAGCUGAUCAGCCAGUGCUGUGGCGGAGGAUGCUGUCUUCUCAAGACGUUGGCUCCAGAUGCCGGUUCGCCCAACUAUGCGCCUGUCGUCGUUCCUGACAACCAUGCUUUUAGAAGCCUCAAUCUGCAAUUGGGCCCGCUCGCCCUCGACAGCGAGCUUACAGACACGACUCCGCUACCACCUGUUAAUAUGUCAUUUGAACCUCUGCCUUCCAAGGAUAUAAAGUACAACUCCGAGGUGCACAAGACGCCGCCCAAGUACGUCCAGCCGCAUCCGCCAUACCAAGUUUACUCAGCACCGCUAUACCAUGCGCGCGAGUUGACCAAGCCGGGCGCCGAGAAGAGGACAAUUCAUUUCGAUAUUGACGUUACCGACUACCCAGACGAGGGUGGCGUUGAUUUCAAGGUUGGUGGUGCCGUCGGUAUCUGCCCACCCAACUCGCAGGAAAUGGUUGAUGAGCUAUUCGAUCUUCUCUGCAUCCCCAAGAAGAUGGCCAACUAUCUGGGGUGA